UUUUACCGCCCGGCUUUUCCCGCCUCCUCCUUAUCGUCAUUCGUUCUUCGUUCGCCAAUUGGAUCUUGUCGCAAAAUUUUCCAUUAAACUACGAGAUGUCUGCUACCGAGGGCAAGGUAAUCAAAUGCAAGGCAGCUGUUGCAUGGGAGGCUAAGAAACCACUUGUCAUCGAGGACAUCGAGGUCGCGCCACCCAAAGCGCAUGAGGUUCGCAUCAAGAUAACUGCCACGGGAGUGUGCCACACAGAUGCCUUCACCCUGAGCGGUGCAGAUCCGGAGGGUCUGUUCCCAGUGGUCCUGGGUCACGAGGGAGCGGGUAUCGUGGAGAGCGUUGGCGAGGGAGUUACCAACUUCAAGGCCGGCGACCACGUUAUCGCUCUGUACAUCCCGCAGUGCAACGAGUGCAAGUUCUGCAAGAGCGGCAAGACGAAUCUCUGCCAGAAGAUCCGACUCACCCAGGGCGCUGGAGUCAUGCCCGAGGGUACGUCCCGUCUUAGCUGCAAGGGCCAGCAGCUAUUCCACUUCAUGGGCACCUCCACCUUCUCCGAAUACACUGUGGUGGCCGACAUUUCGCUGACCAAGAUCAACGAGAAGGCGCCGCUGGAGAAGGUCUGCCUGCUGGGUUGCGGCAUCUCCACGGGCUACGGAGCCGCCCUGAACACAGCCAAGGUUGAACCUGGAAGCACCUGUGCUGUUUGGGGAUUGGGAGCCGUUGGACUGGCGGUGGGUUUGGGCUGCAAAAAGGCUGGCGCUGGCAAGAUCUACGGCAUUGACAUCAACCCCGACAAGUUUGAGCUGGCAAAGAAGUUUGGUUUCACCGACUUUGUCAACCCCAAGGAGGUGGCCGACAAGGGAGCCAUUCAGAACUACCUGAUUGACCUGACCGAUGGUGGUUUCGAUUACACCUUCGAGUGCAUUGGCAAUGUGAACACCAUGCGCUCCGCUUUGGAGGCCACGCACAAGGGCUGGGGCACCUCGGUGGUGAUCGGAGUGGCCGGCGCUGGCCAGGAGAUCUCCACACGACCCUUCCAACUGGUCGUGGGUCGCGUGUGGAAGGGCUCCGCCUUUGGCGGCUGGCGUUCCGUGUCGGAUGUGCCCAAACUGGUGGAGGACUACCUAAAGAAGGAUCUGCUUGUGGAUGAGUUCAUCACCCACGAACUGCCGCUGUCAAAGAUCAACGAAGCAUUCGAUCUGAUGCACAAGGGCGAGAGCAUUCGCAGUAUUAUUAAGUACUAAAGAUGCGAUAGCCUUGAAAUUUAAAGCUCGAGAUAAUUUUAUACUUUUCACUUUUUAUACCAGCAAUUGCAUGCGAUUGCGUAGAAUAAUAAACAACCAGUGUAUAUGUAA